AUGAUAAAGGCCUAUAUCAAUUCCAGGGCAAAUGUGCACAAAGGAGAUGGUGCAAAUGAAGUUGCAGGGUCCACAACUUUGCUUGUUAUGAAUGGUAAGAAAUUUAUAGCAGCAGAUUUUGGUGGCGGAUACAAAGUUGUGGUCUGUAAGGACGGUUUGCUGCAAUUGAAGUGCGUGACAAAUAGUGAAGAACACAAGCCCCGAAAGAAGUCGAGGCUUGCUAUCACUGCACAGAAUGUAGAAUCCGAUACCAACUUCAUUAUACUAGCUAGUGAUGGUGUAUGGGAGGUUAUGAGGUACCAGGAAGCUGUAGACUUGAUAGGCCAUAUUGAGGAUGCUCAAAAGGCGGCGGAGUGCUUGGCAGCGGAGGCUCUCACUAGAAUGAGUAAAGCUAGCAUCUCCUGCAUUGUCGUCCGCUUUCACUGACGAAUAAAGUUUUUCUUUGUUAUUAUAAUUGCACCCUUAUG